AUGGCGUCGAAACUCGCCCCGGUCUUCCUCCGAAGGGCAGCCCGCCCGGCAUACCGAGUUCCUCGAUCACAGUUCCGAGCCUUCACAGCCGGUAGCUCUAGAAGAAGUGAGACUCUCGCAGUGCACCGGAAUACCCCCGACAACAACCCCGAUAUACCCUUCAAGUUCUCAGCUCAGAAUGAAGAGGUCAUCGCCCAGAUCCUAAAGCGCUACCCGCCCCAGUACAAGAAGGCUGCCGUAAUGCCGCUGCUCGACUUGGGCCAGCGCCAGCACGGCUUCACAUCUAUAUCGGUCAUGAACGAGGUAGCGCGAAUCCUCGAGAUGCCCCCCACACGUGUAUACGAAGUCGCCUCUUUCUAUACUAUGUAUAACCGGACGCCGGUUGGCAAGUUCCACGUCCAGGCGUGCACUACGACACCUUGUCAACUUGGCGGAUGCGGUAGCGACGCGAUCGUGAAGGCGAUCAAGGAGGAGUUAGGCAUCAAGCAGGGCGAGACGACGCCCGACGGGCUGUUCACAUUUAUCGAGGUGGAAUGCCUCGGUGCUUGCGUCAACGCGCCCAUGAUCCAGAUUAACGACGACUACUACGAGGACCUAACACCCGAGUCUACCAAGAAGCUACUAGCGGGCCUUAAGGAGAGCGCUACAUCACCAGGCGCCAAGGUACCGAAACCCGGCCCGCAGAGUGGCCGUGACACUUGCGAGAACAGUGCUGGCCAGACGAACUUGACGAGCGAGCCGUGGGGUAUCGAGACUACGAGAAGUGACCUGUAA